UCUAAAUUUCAGUCGGACACUUACUCCGGAUACUCCAGCAUUCGACCAACGGAGGAGCACUUCCUGUUGUCAGAAGCGGCGGUGAACAUGUUUGCACUCAGACUCUGUUCUCUUCACAACAGCGUGUUAUCGCGGUGCGUCGGCACCGUGUCGCCGCUCUGUGCUCAGGUGUCGUCGCUCCACACUCACACAGCUCAGCUCAACUCCAACAGGACAUCCAUUGUCCGCUGUGGUCGUCAGAAAUAUGAGAGGCUGUACACUGUGAUGCUGGUGGGAGCUGAUGGAUCCACAGUCAACAUCAGAUACAAAGAACCCAGACACAUCCUCAUGAUGCCGGUUGAUCUGUCCACUCUGUCCGAGGAGGAGCGGCGGUCACGACAGAAAAAGAGAGCAGUCAAGAAGCAGAAGACGUCCACGGCGGUCGUCUACGAAGACGAAUUUGAAGCCGACAAAUACAGUCAGUUCUGGAAGAAGAAAUAAUGAAAGAAUCUCAGACUCGGACACUCAUCAGAAGCUGCGUUUUCCUGUGAUUCUGCCAGGAUGAGGUUACUGUCUCCUAACGCUGGUCAUAGUAACAUUGUUAAUAUGUUAUAAUGUUAAUAAACUGAUAAAAAAUGCA